AUAUAUUAUAUUUUUUUAGGUAUUGUGUCUUUAUGAAAGAUAUGGGCAUCAUUGUUGCAAUUCCGGGUUUUUACUGCUUUUAUUUGGCACAGGUUGCCUUUGCAGUAAACUACUACAUUGCCGCCGUGUAUGAGCACCACGUUAUACUGAACCCCAACUCUACAGCUCUGACCAGCCGAACAUUUGCCUUAGAGUUCAUGUCUAAAAACCUAGAUAUUUAUGAGCAGCAGGUCAUUGCUGCUGCUAAAAGAGGUGUUGAUAUUAUUGUCUUUCCUGAAGAUGGAAUCCAUGGCUUUAACUACAGCAGAGCAUCUAUUUACCCAUACUUGGAUUAUCUUCCUCUACCGAAUAUGCUUCCAUGGAAUCCAUGUCUAGAACCAGAAAGGUUUCAGGACACUGAGGUCCUACAGAGGCUUAGUUGCAUGGCAUCAAAAAGUGGUAUGUUUGUGGCUGCAAAUCUAGGAACUAGGAGACCUUGUGACCCUCUGGACCCUCAAUGCCCACCAGAUGGAAGAUACCAGUUUAACACAAAUGUUGUGUUUAGUGACAAGGGUGCACUGGUUGCCAGCUAUUUCAAGCAAAAUUUAUAUUUUGAAUUUGGCUUUGACACCCCACCGGAUGUCCAGUAUGCGGUUUUUGAUACACGCUUUGGCAGGUUUGGACUCUUUACUUGUUUUGAUAUAUUGUUCUAUGAACCAGUUGUAAGUCUCAUUGAAAAGCACCAUGUGAAGCAUCUACUGUAUCCCACAGCCUGGAUGAAUCAGUUGCCUCUUCUUUCCUCGAUUCAGAUUCAGAGAGCUUUUGCUACUAGGUUCAGUGUAAAUAUAUUGGCUGCAAACAUCCACCACACAACCCUGGGAAUGACUGGAAGUGGUAUAUUCAGUCCUUCAAACUCUUCCUACCACUAUGAUAUGGACACCAAACAAGGACACCUCAUUGUAGCCAAGGUUCCAGUGAAUCCAUCAGAAGAAAUGUAUUCAGGACAUGAUAAAAAGAUUUCACUUGAGCAUGGUGGCUCACUUGGAGGCAGCCACUACUUCACUAGUGCAGAGAUGUGUGACAAGAUGGACAAGACUGAACGUUGCAUAGAAACAGACCAACAGCAAGAAAUGUUAUUUCAUGGCAAAAUGAUGUAUGACAACUUCACUUUUAUCCCUUUGAAAGACAAGGAUGGGAAAGUACACGUAUGUGCUGGCCCACUGUGUUGUUAUCUUACCUACAGUGACCAUAGUAUGACCAAUGAGCUUUACGCCCUUGGGGUAUUUGAUGGUCUGCACACAGUACAUGGUACAUAUUACCUUCAGAUUUGUGCAUUGGUAAAAUGUGGUGGUCUAGAUUUGGAAACUUGUGGUCAGGAAGUCACCAAUGCAAGCAGCACCAUAACCUUUCAGUUAUGGGGCAGGUUUAGUACCAAAUAUAUAUUUCCUAUGAUAGUGACAUCAGGAAUCACUUUACAGCUACCUGACCAAUGGGGCUGGAAGGGUCAGGAUAGUUAUAUGAAUAAAACAGGACUGGAACUGGGGUUAGUGACUGCAGCACUAUAUGGAAGACGCUACGAAAGAGACAGAGACAAUAAUUUCAGGAGUAAGAGUGUACAAUCAAAGGAACAAGAAAAUAUUUGACAUUUAGUAAUGAUAAAACAAAUUAAAACAAAAACUGUCAAUCAAAUGAAUGUUGAAGGCACAGGGUUUGGAUAGAGAAGGGAGCACUUGCAGUGCCACUUGUUUAAAUAACCAUGUAAUUUCUUUGAUCCCACAUUGGACUCAUUAACAACAACAACAAAAGUGUGGAUGUGAUUUCACAUUUUACCUCCGGUAAUGGUUGCUUUUACUAAGAAAAACUAUCUGGCAGAUUCUAAGGGGCUCCAAACUGAAGCUUCACUAGACUUUUCUAUUCAGUGGAUUUGCAACUUUCUUAGUUUCAGAAAACAAAACAAUUAUUUGAGAAGACCAAUGUUUUUUUGUGUUCUAAAUAUAUCCUGUAUGUGCAUCUCUAUGCUGUCCGCAAUGACACCUAGGAGAUUACAUUAAUGAUGCUCUUCUAAUGUUCUCCACAAUAUAGCACAUGAGAUCUAUAAUACAUUGGAGUACUAUUAUAGAAUGAAUCAUCAACACUUCUUUUGUUCUUUUGCUCCAUGUGUAGUGUUCUCAUAAACAAAUUGUAUUUUCUCAUAAACAAAUAUAAACAAAUAUUUUAUCUACUUCAAGCCUUUUGUUGAGAGUAAAAUGUUUUUUAUUAUUCUAUUCCAAGAGUAUAAUU